CCACUCGUUUGACAACAGUUGGUGUCCAACCAUCGGGGUUUGAGUGUAGUCACUCUGUUUACGUUUGGUUAAACAUAUGGUUUUGACAUUAGUGUGCACAUGUUCGUCUUGCCAUAAACAUUUGAAUAGCUUCAAGUGCUCGAGCGAAGCGGAUAUUAUCCAUUAUUAAAAGUGAUAAAUUAUUUUCUCAAGUGAAAUGCAUUUCGGCAGGGCGUUGGGUGUGGCUGCUUUGAACAUUUUGCACAGAAGUAGUGUUAGAAAUGUGUACACAAAAUCGCACGUGUGGCAGCGCGUUAGUUUGACACUGGAAAUUCCUCGACGAGGAGGACUGGCAUUUGAAGAUGUUAACAAGCCAAGUGAGAAGGAAAAACAAGAAGCGGAGGUAGACGCAAACAAGAUUGAAAACUGUAACCGCAGGCAAUUGCUAAGCAAUGGGCUAGAGGGCAUAGCAAAAAGUCUGCACCAAAAAAAAAGAAAAUCGAAUGCGGGAAGUAGACUUGAGGAAAAUAACAGGAUAUCAUUUGAACAUAUGACUAAUGCUGCGAAACGAUUUAAAAUUUCUAAGAAACAAAAGGGUAUACAAAAAGCUGAUGGCUUGGAUUUAGAAACGAUGAACACGUUAAAAUUGUACAGCAACAAUGAAAAAUCAUCAAAAGCAUUUGAUUCCAAGCGUAAAUUGGAAUAUCUUAAGUUGAAACAAAGUGAUUCCCUGUAUGGAGAUUUAAGCUUAUUAGUAAAAUCUCGCAAAAGAAGGGAGCUGAAGUGCAAAAUGGUCCUUGAAGGAAAGCGAUUAAUCAAGGAUGGAAUUGAAGCCGGCUUGUCAACAGAUAUUAUCGUGUUCAACGAUGUGACUAAAUUAGAUGAUCUCAAAAUUGACAAAUCCGUUAACCUGGUCCAAGUUGAGCGAAAUGUUAUGCAAGAGUGGUCAAGUGUUACAACGUGUCCGGGAUUAAUUGGUAUAUUCCGGAAGCCUAAGGACAUGAAUAAGAUAGUAAUCCAGAACCGUUCUUUAAUCCCACUACCAAUAACAGUCGUCUGCGACAACAUUCGCGAGCCCAACAAUCUCGGCAGCAUAAUUAGAAGUUCUGCAGCGAUUCCUACAGGGAGAAUUGUCCUGCUCAAGGGUUGUACCUGUCCAUGGGAUCCGAAAUGUUUGAGGGGUGCCACAGGUGCUCAAUUUCGCAUACCAAUCAGUGGUCCAGUGGCGAUGGAUGAGUUGGAAGAAUUAAUUCCGCCAAAUGCUACGUUUCUAGUAGCAGAUAAUAAAACCGGUCGAAUUGACGGAAAGUUUUCCUUCUGCCGCUACGAUGCGGCCAAUUAUCGUGAAAUGCAACACGUGGUGCUAUUCAUAGGAGGCGAAACGCUUGGCAUCAGCAAUGACGUGCGAAGAUUUAUCACAGGUUUUACUGAAAAAUCGCUGAAUGAUACUUCUGUUUGUUAUAACGUACACAUUCCUUUGGCAAAUGGAAUUGAAAGUCUAAACACGGCGUCUGCUUUGUCGGUGUUGCUUUAUGAAAUAAAACGACAGCUGGAAUAAAAGGUGUAUAUGCUAAUAAAGAAUAAUAGAUAUGUUUUAGAA